AUGGAAAACGAACAGGGAGUUCUCGUCGAGCUUUACAUUCCUCGCAAGUGCGAUGCCACCAACCGCAUCAUCAAGGCCAAGGACCACGCCUCAGUUCAAAUCAACAUUGCCGAUGUUGACGAGUCUGGCCGCGCCAUUGCUGGCAAGAACACCACCUACUCCAUCUGCGGCUACAUUCGCUCCAAGGCCGAGUCUGAUGACUCUCUCAACAGACUUGCCCAGCAGGACGGUCUCCUCAAGAAUGUCUUUUCUUACAGACGAUAA